AUUCUAACGCUAAUGAGUUCUAAAAAGAAUCAGAGCAGGCCUCUGAGGACCAGUGUAUGUCGCGUCGCGUCUCAAUUUGUUCUGUCCCCAAGUUUUUCCCCAUCAAGGCUGUGGCCAUUAAGCCCGAGCCUCAAGAGGUCACAAUGUCUAACCCUUUGAUAUCCUUUAUCAACAUCUAUCCUUCUUCCAUAGCAUCAAAUGGCGUCAAGCCAGAGCCAGGUACUGCCGACGACGUCGCGCCGAUUUUCCUCGAACGCGGUUUCCCUGUUCCUUUUUACGUCCAAGAAAGCGUGUCUUCAAGCACUGGCACGGUCAAGGCCGAGUUAGACACGCGUCAAGACGCUCCAUUUGGCUUUUCCUCGCCGAUGGGAGCUCAGAGGCCGGCGAUACUGUAUCCUGUUUACAACUCAGCGAGUGACAUCCGCUAUAGCUCGGAAGACACGCUCUGGGAAGGCUUGGGAAUGGUGAAACUUUCUCCGUAUCCAUUCAGACACCGAGAAGCUCUACGCUCCAAAUGGGAGUCAACGGAUCGAAAGUUAGAUCAAGAUGAUCAAUUCCAGCUCAAUGAUGACGAUCCUUAUGCUGCCAUCCUAGGUGGUGGCCUGUGUAGCAUGAAAGAGACAGCACUAAAAGUUGAUGCCUGUGGCGAAGCCAUAGGAAUCACACCAAGGCUCGUAAAGGAUUUCGCCAAAGUGAUUGAGGACAACGUUGAAAACCUCAAGGACAAGUUCCGUGAAGGCUUAGAAGAUAAAUGUCGAGUCGGAGCUGCCCAGGCAUCGGCAGGCUGUCGUUACUUCGGAUGAAUUUGCAGCUUCAAUGCAUUGGGGUCCCUACCGUGCAAGUGAC